UCUUUCUCACACACUACCCCAAACAGAAUACUCCUCCCUCUGCAUGACCCAGCCCUGUACCCUAUCCGUCUGACCGCCCUUCUUGCCCCUGCCCGCUGGUCUUUCUGCCACUAACUCACAGCGGAUUACCGCCAUCAUUCAGGAUGAACUCCAGACCUCCAUACCGACUGCUGCUUCUCACCAGCUUCCUGAGCCUCUGGCAAGGUGUCGGAGGUCAAUCGUACACUAUAGAUACUGUUGGACUCUCGAUCACACCAAGUGAGACCGUAGAGAGCGGGAGAGUGGUAAUCCUGCGCUGUGUGGUCAGUGUGAGUCAUGACUCCACCCUCCAGCUGACGCAUGGGUUUCAGUUCAUCCGCUACGACGUUCCUGUUUACUCCCUCGACACCAAGGACACUAGUGUCUCUUAUCGGCUCAGCCCGGCAAGAGCAGCUGACUCCGGUACUUAUGAGUGUCAAGUCACAGUCAAGGAAAAGAGCAAAACCAGCAGCUCCCAGAAACUCACCGUCACAGGUCUGCAGACCCCGGAGCUGCAUCUGAAUAAGGUGCAGCCUUUCGAGCACGAGGAGAUCACCGCUACCUGCAGUGCUCCCGAGGAGAAAGGCUCCCUCCUCUUCUACUUUUACCAGGAAUCCAGGAACGGGGACGUUAAGAAAAUCAAGCAGUUGGAGUCCAGCGGGAACUCAUCGGAGACCAAGUUGGUUUUUGGGCAGGUCGGAGACAGCCACCUGUACUGCAACUACAAAAUCCCCACUCUCUCCGAAGCAGGGAACUCGAACAACAGCAACAAGGUUCAAGUAAUUGUCAAAGCGCUCCACAUUACCCCGACCAUGAACGUGUUGCCCUCCCAAAAUGUGUAUGAAGGCGACAUCAUCGAGGUGUACUGUAAGGAAACGACAAAACUGAAAGACGUGUACGUGUUCCUGACCAAGGACAGGAAGGUCCUUAAGAAGGCCGUUAACACCCUCAGCCAUCGGUUUAGGGUGCGGCUGGAGGACUCUGGGGAGCUGGUCUGCAAGGCGGAGUGGAGCAGCACACAGAAAGAAACCUCGAAAAAACUCAUCGUCAAAGAGCUCUUUUCACCGCCACGCCUGACCAUCCAGCCCCUCGACGCCUUUGAGGGGCAGCGUUUCAGUCUCACCUGCUCUGUCCCCACUUACUCUCAGACGAUCAGCAACGAAACCAUACAGUUUUCCAUCUACAAAGAUCACGUCCUGAUGAGGAAAGGAAAAACAUACAGCGCCGUCGCACACCCUUCCCUCAACGGCAACUACACAUGUUUAGCCGAGGUCAAAACGAACGGUCACAUUUUGCCAAAAGAGAGCCCAACGCUCGUUUUUGAGGUCAAAGUUCCUGUGUCUCCACCUGUUCUGAGUGUGGUCGGGGGUCGGAUGGUGCUGGGAAAGCCCUUUCUGCUACUCUGCCGGAGCAAGAACGGCAGUCUACCCAUCACUUACACCCUGCAAGGCCUCAGCAGGAAGGCUGAGGUCAGGGUGGUCAGCAGGCCCGGCGACCAGGCCGUCUUCAACACGACAGCCAUCUACAAGAGCUCGGAUAUGAAGAACUUCUUGUGCAUGGCCAAGAAUAAUGACUUCACCGCCCAGAAGAGGAGCUCGGGGGAGCAGCUGCUACGCACAACCAACAUCACAGAACCUGUGUCCAAGCCAGAGCUGACCCUGUACCCGAACUCGGGGGAUGUGUCUGAGGGGCAGGAAUUGACCUUGGUCUGCUCCGUUCAGAAAGGCACAGCUCCCAUCACCUACACCUGGUUUCACAGCAAGAGAAAAGAACCCCUUGGUUUCCAGACGAUCCCCGAGAUGAAGGGGAUGUACAGCAUUAAUAAGGUGCGAGCGGAGCACAAAGGGGACUACUACUGUGAAAGCAGCAACUCAGCCAACGACGUCAAGAGGAGUUUCACUAUCACAAUUACAGUAAACCUGGCCGGCUGGAAGAAAGGUCUCAUAGCAGUUGUCUGCAUCCUCAUCACUCUGGUCAUCAUCGCUUUUGUCAUCAAAAAAUGCCUUUUACCCCUGAGGAGGAGCAGAACAAGCGAGCUGUCCGUGAAGUCGGCCAGCAGUAAAGUGGAACGGCUGAGCCUCACCAUGGCCGAGGUCAACGAGCCAGUUAAUGCCACUCCAGGUGUGAUGGGAAGGAGUGUCUGGAGUGAGCAUGUGUCCGGCUCUGCGUGUCCACUGGCCCAUCUAAACGGUGUCACCGACCGUUGUAUUGCAGAGUCAGAUGACCAGAAUAGCGCGGCCUCUCCGGAGGAACCGGAAACGCAAUACACAGAGGUCCGGAUCCGGCAGCUGGACCCGAGCCCGGCAGUGCCGCCGAAGAGGGACACGGACACGGUUUACAGUGAAGUACGGAACCUCAAGCAAGGUGCCCCAGAAGAAGCCGAUGGCGGGACGGUUGAGUACGCCCAGCUGAAUCACGACAUCGGUCAACAAAAUGCCCACUGGAACCACGAUAACCCUGCUGACCACAGCGUCCAAAACGAACACGGCGAUGACGGCGAAAUCAUCGACGUCGUCAACGAUGACGACUGCACCCAACAUCCACCUCCAGACUGUUAGCUCCGCCCAUCUUCCACUCAGAAUAUUUAUUCUUUCCAGGUGAUUUCUCCUUCGCUCAAAUAUUUUAUCAUGGGGGCGGUGGCGUGGCGGUCUAUUUUGUUGCCUACCAACAAGGGGGAUCGGCGGUUCGAAUCCCCGCGUUACCUCCGACUUGGUCGGGCGUCCCUACGGACACAAUUGGCCGUGUCUGCGGGUGGGAAGCCGGAUGUGGGUGUGUGUCCUGGUCGCCUUAUUAUGAAUCCCACGGCACUUCCGGGCAAGACACGCCCCGCGUAACAUUCAAGCGCUAGGAUUGGCCAGAUUGGCCAGUACUCGUUGGUUGGGUUGGUUAGGGUUAAGGUUAGCUAAUCAGAUGCAGAGUAGGGGCGGGUCUUCCUAGAAUCCUAGCGCCUGGACGCCACGCGGGGCGUGUCGUGCCUAGAAGUGCCGUGGGAUUCAUAAUAACGCCGCUUCCUGCACUAGCGCCUCCUCUGGUUGGUCGGGGGCGCCUGUUGGGGGGGGGGGUAGCAUAAUCCUCCCGCGCGCUACGUCCCCCUGGCGAAACUCCUCAUUGUCAGGUGAAAAGAAGCGGCUGGCAAAUCCACAUGUAUCGGAGGAGCCACGUGGUAGUCUGCAGCCCUCCCCGGAUCGGCAGAGGGGGUGGAGCAGUGACCCGGACGGCUCAAAAAAGAGCGGGGUAAUUGGCCGGAUACAACUGGGGAGAAAAAG